AUGUUAAUCAAGGUGGAUCUCGUCACCCACGAGAGUCAAGAGACAUGCACCGUGACGGAUCGGCGUGCUAACCUCUCACCACCAGUUCUCGAAGCAUUACAGAUUCUCAAGUUCUCUUACAAGCAAGACCGGCUGGAUUUCACGUCACAUUUGGUUGCAGAAGAAAUGGAUUACAAUAUUUCGGGGCCUGUGUCUAGGAACACCAUAGACGAGCUCGUGGCGGCAGGCAAGCUCGACGAACUUGCUCAGCUACUCGCAAAUGAAAAUGAGGAAGCUUAG